CUACAAGCCCUUCCCGCCUCUUUUGGCAUCAUUUAGCGACCAGCCGACGAACUGCAUUUCUGUGAAAUUAUAUUUGCUUGUGAAAUUGAACUGUUUUAAUUAAAUAACAAGAUGGUCUACGCGUCGUUGUCCUCAGGAGUCAUUGAUCGCAUCAUGCAUGGCGAGGACGUCUCCAAGCCGGUGCUCCAGAUUCUAGCGAUCAAGAAAAUCAACAGCAACGAGGACUCUGAGCGCUUUCGCAUCAUGAUCUCUGACGGCAAGUACUUUAACAGCCACGCCAUGCUGGCCAGCCAGCUGAACGAGAUGCAGCAAAAGGGCCAGCUGGACGAGUUCACCAUUGUGCAGUUGGACAAGUAUGUGACUUCCAUGGUGGGCAAGGACGGCGCUGGCAAGCGCGUGCUUAUCAUCUCAGAAUUGACGGUUCUCAAUGCUGGCGCCGAAGUGAAGGUUAAAAUCGGUGAGCCAGUCAACUACGAGAAUGCCUCCUAACAGGAUCCGGCAGCACCUUCUCAGACUGCUGCUGCUGUCAAAAAGGAGCCCGCCCUUCGAUAUUUCCGAGAAGUCGUCAUUGUCCUCCAGCAUCGCCGGAUCAUAGUGGUCUAGCUCCGGCAUGGGCCGGUAGUCGUUCUCCAUGUUGUCCCCGAACAGCUCCUCGCCAUCCUCCUCCGUUUCGUUCCGCACCGUCUGAUCCCCCAAAAUCUAAUUUUCAUUCUCGAACGACUCGAAGUCACCCAUCCAGCGACGUCAUUGCCACUCGCAUCUCGCGGCGCUCGGCGGCGGCGUCGUUGGGCGUAUUUGGUGGAGCUGAACUGGGAUUGUCCAUGUUGUUUGUGCGUCUUUUGUGAUUGGAGUUCUCUUGGAAUCUGUUUUUUCUUUUUUGUGCUCCCGAUCUCUUGUUAUAGCGACGCGUGCGAAUUGCGCGGGAAAAGUGCUGCCAAAUGAUAGAAACCAGGGUUGCAACUUUAGAUUUCCAUACAGAACUACAGUGCAGCACAAUUACAGCAACGUACAGGGAAGUGGGGAUAAAUUAUAUUUUGCUGUUUAAAUUUAGUCCAUUUAAAAUAAUAAUGCUAUUUAAAUUAUUAAGGAUAUGUGUAUGAUUUGCCAUGUAUUUUAACUAUCUUUAUUUAAUGUCAUAUCUAUUCAAAAACAGAUAAAAUAAUAUCAAUUU